AUGAGGCCAAUCUUGAUCGGCAACGUGUCGGGAUCCACGGGCGACCGCCUGGAUGGCCUGAAGUCGAUGCUGUCCGGCUCCACAAAGGUCGAUGCAAUCACUGGCGACUGGCUUUCCGAAUACAACAUCGGCACACGCGCUUUGCAAAAAGCCAGCAGCGGAGCAGCAAGUUACGAACCGGGCUUCCUGCAUUCUUUACGGCUGGGCCUGUCCGAGUAUAAGUCCUACCCGAAGCAGCUUAAAUGUGUUGUGAACGCUGGCGGAGGCAAUCCGAAGGAGCUUGCUUUACGAGUCCAGCAACUGCUCAGCGAGAACGACAUCCAGCGGACCAUUGCACACGUGAGCGGAGACGAUAUUCUGGAGCGUUUGGAGAGCGUGAACAUCCAGCCCUUGACCUCUGUUGGCGAGAGUUUUGCUUCGUUCCGAGAGGAUAAAGGAAAGAUCCUGUCUGCGAACGCAUACAUCGGGGCGACAGGAAUCCAGUUGGCUCUCGAACACGGGGCGGAUAUCGUGAUCGCCGGACGCUGUACAGAUGCUAGCCCUGUCGUUGGACUGUGCGCUUGGUGGCACGGUUGGAAGUCCGAUGACCAUGACCAGCUCGCUGGAUCUUUACUCGCUGGGCAUUUGAUAGAAUGCGGCUGUUACGUUUGUGGCGGGAGCUUCGCAGGAUUCCAAGCUAUGGGACCCAAACACUUCGACUUAUCAUUCCCAAUCGCCGAAAUAUCGUCCGACGGUUCCGCGAUCAUCCAGAAGCAACCAGGGCAGAACGGGAUGGUGACUGUGGAUACUGUAAGGACUCAGUUCGUCUAUGAGUUGCAAGGUACCACAUACUUAAAUCCGGACGUUGUCGGCGACUUCACCAAUGUCCGCUUCGCACAAUGUGGCAACGAUAGAGUUCAAGUCAGUGGUGCAAAAGGCCUGCCUGCACAAGCGACUCUCAAGCUUGCAUUGACCGCCGAAGCUGGAUACCAGGCCGAAUUUUACAUCUUCGUGUCUGGGCUACAGGCCAAGGAGAAAGUUGAGAGUUUCAAGCGCAUGUCGCUGAAGAUGGUCGAUGCAUCGGUGCUGAAAAAGCUUGAGUUCCAAGUGUGCGGUGCUGAGGUCUAUGACCCGAAUUCGCUCAAUGCGUCUAUGACAACACUCAGAGUCUUCGCCCAGGCUGAUGAUGCGAAGUCGCUCACCCGAGGACGCUUUCUAGGGCCGUUACUCAGUAAUCAGCUGCAAGGGUUUCCCGCCCUGACGCCGAUACUUGAUUAUCGUACCGCCGAUCCCAAGCCAUUCGUUAAGCUGUUCACUGGCCUCGUACCGGCCACGUCCAUUGUAGAGACGUGCCACAUGCUGGCGGAAUCUUCCAAAGGCCACGAGCAAGUCUUCUCUGCGUCCAAGACUUCAAAAGUGGACAGGACGAAUGCUGCGAGGAAGAUCGUGAGGGCCUCCCCUACCUCGCUAGCCGUAGAAGCAUACCAGCCCAUAGCUGACUUUGGGCCAACGAAGAGAACAGCAGUGGGAGAUCUGCUCUACGGCCGCUCUGGCGACAAGGGCGCCAACGUCAACGUCGGGUUGUUCUUCCCUCUCGCGCAGGAAACGGAAGAAAAAUGGCAAUGGCUUCGGAGUUGGCUGUCAACUACGCGAUUGAUUGAGCUCAUGGGUGACGACUACCACCCAGCGCUACGCAUUGAGCGUUGCGAGUUCCCACUGAUUCGAGCGGUGCACUUCGUCGUGUAUGACUUUCUCGGCAGCGGAGUCAGCAGUACGAGCAGUGUCGAUGCUCUUGGCAAGGGCUUCGUCGAGUUCAUCAGAGCACGUGAGGUAGACGUGCCCGCGGCGUUUGUGCCAUCGAAGAGUAUGCUCUAG